AAAAAAACCAUGGCGCUUCUUCUCGCCAGACGUCAACGAAGAUUCACAUCAACCACCACGUCUUUGGUUCGCCUCUUCUCCAAUUCCUCACCGGAUCCACCUCCCAAAAUCGAGAAACCUCCCCAGUCUCCGUCGUCCUUCACUGACGUCAAGAACUCUCUCAAGAACAAAUCCGCCCAAUCUCAGAAUCGAGGAUCACGAGCGUCGUUACAGGAUCUAAGCCUUAACCUCGCCAGGUUCCAGCGUAGAUCCGCCGCUCCGGAGAGCGUGCCGCCUUCUGUUUCCUUCGAGGCGCUAUAUAAUCGAAGAGGGCAAGAUAGUAAUUUGAGUAAGUUACGAGAAGAUUCGCAGUCCAACGUUGGUUCUAAUGAAGCAUUGCCGACGUCUGUGUACGUGGAAGAUGAAACAGAGGAGGAGACGAUGAUGAUGACGGAGUUUUUAAAGAUUUAUAAGGAAGAUGAGUUGGGUGAGAAGCUGAAGAUGCUUAGACCAGAGGGGAAGAAGGAAGGAGGGUGGUUCUCGUUGGAGGAGUUGAAUGAGAGGUUGGUUAAGUUAAGGAAAGUGGAAGAGAAAGAGGUUAAGAAUCAGCGUGGGAAGUUUUCUGUGUUAAGGAAUGUUAUUGGAACGCUUGAGGAUGACAAAGCUAAACAUGAUGAUGUUAUUUCCCUGCAGAGUCUUUUGGAUGGUACUCCUGAGUAUAAGCAUUAUCCUCCCAAAGAUGAGCUAGUUGAAACUUACUUCCACUCGGAUAAUCUGUCAUCUGCGGAGAAGAUGAAAGUUGAGCUCACGAAAGUCAAGGAAUAUUUCAAGAUGUCGGAAUCAGAUUGUGGUUCUGCACGCGUGCAAGUGGCACAGCUAACUACUAAAAUCAAGCAUUUGACCUCUGCUCUGCACAAAAAGGACAAGCAUUCGAAGAAGGGACUUGUAGCAAUGGUGCAGAAACGGAAGAAGCUGUUGAAAUAUCUAAGACGAACUGACUGGGAUUCUUACUGCCUUGUCCUGUCACAACACAGUCUUCGUGACAUCCCGGAUUACAAGAUCCCGAAUUACAAGGACAAAGCUUAGGGUUCUAUUUCCACACUCUUUUGGUUUGGUCAACACCCUGUUGGGACUCUGAGACUUAGCUGUUCAAAUCCUGUUAGGUAUUUUACUCUCUAGGGAAGAAACUCCCUCAACUCUUUGUUGUUUCACUAUUCAUUAAUAUUGCCUCUUACAUUUGGAGAGUG